AUGGAAAUCCUGCAACAGGAGAGUGCCCAGCUCCAUAUGGGAGCUGCUGCUACCAGUUCGGCUGGUACAUGGAUAAGUUUAGUUUUUGGUCUAACAGUCAUUGCUGUGCUCUACGAAUAUUAUCGCCGCAAUACCCGUGAAUACAAAUUGAUGGAUUCGAUACCAACACCAAAACAAUGGCCCCUCAUCGGUAAUGGUCACAUGGCUUUCGGCCAGAACAAUCAUCAGAUUUUAAAACUAAUGCAAGAAGUGUUCCGUGACAACGGUGAAACUAUUCGCAUUUUACUGGGUCACUUGAAUGUGGUGUUCCUUACUAAUCCAGCCGAUUUGGAAAUAUUCCUAAGUGGCCAUAAACAUUUAGAGAAAGCUGUGGAAUAUCGUUAUUUCCAACCUUGGUUUGGUGAUGGUCUACUGAUCUCAAAGGGCCACCAUUGGCGUCAUCAUCGUAAAAUGAUUGCGCCCACCUUCCAUCAAAGUAUUCUGAAGAGUUUCGUACCCACCUUCGUAAAGCACUCCAAAGCUGUGGUAGGACGGCUGAGCUCUAAGGUGGGCGAGGAGUUCGAUUGCCACAAAUACAUGUCGGAGACAACGGUCGAUAUUUUACUUACCACCGCCAUGGGUUGUAAGCAACAACCAGAAACGGAAAAGAGUGCCGAAUAUGCCCAGGCUGUUAUGGAUAUGUGUGACAUCAUCCAUAAUCGUCAGCUGAAAUUGUUCUAUCGUUUGGAUUCCACCUAUAGCUUUACAAAACUUCGCGAACGUGAUAACAAACUGAUGAAUGUUAUUUUGAGUAUGACCCGCAAAGUGGUAGAGGAUCGUAAGAAAAAUUUCAAUGCCGAGGAGCGUGGUAUUGUUGAUCGUGCUGAUGCUAAGUCGAAUAAGCCUGCUGCCAAGAAAGAUGGCCUUCGCGAUGAUUUGGACGAUAUUGAUGAAAAUGAUGUUGGGGAAAAGAGACGCUUAGCUUUGCUCGAUGCCAUGAUGGAAAUGGAAAAGAAUCCCGAUAUUAAAUGGACCGAUAAAGAUGUUAUGGAUGAAGUUAACACUAUUAUGUUUGAGGGUCACGACACCACAGCGUCUGGUUCCAGUUUUGCUCUCUGUCUUUUGGGUAUCUAUCAGGAUGUACAACAACGUGUCUUCGAAGAACAACAAGCCAUCUUUGGGGAUGAUCUCAAUCGGGAUUGUACAUUUGCCGACACUCUGCAAAUGUCUUAUUUGGAAAGAGUUAUCUGCGAAACAUUGCGUUUAUAUCCACCAGUACCAUUGAUUGCACGUACAGUGGAAGAGGAUGUAAAUCUAAAAUCUGGUCCCUACACUGUGGCCAAGGGUUCAACGGUGGUACUUUUACAAUACUUUGUACAUCGUCGCCCUGACAUCUACCCUGAUCCGGAGAAAUUUAAUCCCGACAACUUUUUACCCGAACGUGCAGCUAAUCGUCAUUAUUAUUCGUUCAUACCAUUCAGUGCGGGACCACGCAGUUGUGUUGGACGUAAAUUUGCCAUGUUACAGUUGAAAGUUUUACUUUCGACCAUUAUACGUAAUUAUCGCGUUUCAUCUAAUCGUACACAGGAAGAUUUCCAACUGCAAGGUGAUAUUAUUUUGAAAAUGUCAAAUGGUUUUAAUAUAUCUCUGGAAAAGAGACCAACAUCUAAGGUGUAG